AGUAUAUUGUGUACAUUCUGUUGGAAAAAAUUAGCUCACGGUGUACCGGAAAUUUAUCAACGAAUCGAUUGAUUUAUUUGGUGUGCACUUCGAAUGCAUUACGUGCUUAUCGUCGAUUUAAAAAAAUGUGAAGAAAAUUUGUUUUCGAAUUGUUUACACAUCAAAUAAAGUGUUAAAAUGUUUUCUCGCGAGUUUAUAUUGAACCGGUUCGAGUGAGUGAUAUGUAUACUCGUGUAAAGGAGAAAUUCAAUACUAGCUAAAAUGUGCACAAAUUCGACGUAUUUUUUUAUUUUUUUAUUUUUCUGGUCAUUAAAAAUAUUAAUUGAUACGUACAAAUCUGAAAUGUGUUCGUAUCGAUGUCGACUAUCAUCCCAUCUCAAGUUUCACAAGCUCUAGUUUACGAUGUUGAAAAUGAAAAAGUUAACCAGCUUCGUUUUGCAAAUAUGCUUGGCGUGUUUCUUAACACAAUGGACGCUCGCUCAACAAUCGCCAAAAGUUGCCAACUGGAAUUGCGCUUCGAAGGGAAGAUGCGACGAAUGUAUUCGAACUUACGGAUGCGAAUGGUGUUCAGAUCCGGCUCUCAAAGACAGAAGAUGUUCGAAAAUUGUAGAAUCUGCCAAAUGCUCCGCCAAUUACAUUAUUAAUCCGAUCAUUGAAACUGUUGCUAAUGUAUCGCGACCUUUAAGCGAGGUGAUCAAAGGUGAUGGCUCAUCUUCGGUCACUAGUUCAUCUAGUCAAGGAAGUAUCGUUCAAGUUAUGCCGCAGCUUAUAUCAAUAAAUCUUCGACCGAAUGAAGGGAAUCCUUACCGGUUCAAGGUGUGGUACAGACAAGCGACGGAUUACCCGGUAGACUUGUAUUAUCUCAUGGACUUAUCCAAUUCAAUGAAAGAUGAUAAAGAUAAAUUAUCAGCAUUGGGUAGUGAACUGGCUGAAACUAUGACGAAAAUAACCGGCAACUUUAGAUUGGGAUUCGGUAGUUUUGUCGACAAGGUGGUGAUGCCUUACGUUAGCAUCGUACCUAAAAGAUUAUUACAACCCUGUGACGAUGAUAGAGAUUCUGAAUGCGUAGCUCCAUACGGUUUUCGUAAUCACAUGUCUCUAAGUUCCAGUCCUGAUUUCGCCGAACAAGUGAAAUCAGCCAACGUAUCUGGUAAUUUGGAUGCUCCAGAAGGUGGCUUUGACGCAAUUAUGCAAGCUAUCAUUUGUCGUGAACAAAUCGGCUGGAGAAAUCAGGCUCGUAAAUUAUUGGUGUUUUCUACGGAUUCCUCAUUCCAUUAUGCUGGAGAUGGAAAACUGGGUGGUAUAAUAAAACCGAACGAUGGAUGUUGUCAUCUUGACAAUUCAGGUCUUUAUACGCAUUCUACAGUUCAAGAUUAUCCUUCUGUAUCGCAGAUCAAUGCGAAGGUGAAAGAAAACUCGAUUAAUGUGAUAUUUGCUGUAACAGCUGAUCAAAUUAAACUGUAUAAACAGCUAGGAAAUCAUAUAGAAGGUUCAUCUGCCGGAGAAUUAUCAUCAGAUUCUUCAAACGUGGUCAGAUUGGUGGUAGAUCAAUACAAUAAAAUCACAUCGAAAGUUCAACUGAAAGAAAAAAAUUUAGGAAAUGAUUUCAGAAUAAAGUAUUUUACGAAAUGCUUAAACUCGAAUGGAGCUUUGAUGGAAACAAACGAAUGCAGCGGUUUUAAAGUAGGUCAAACGAUCGAGUUUGAUGUUGAAUUGGAAUUGCUCCGCUGUCCAGAAGGUAAGACAGAAUAUACCCGCCAAUUUCAAAUUUAUCCUGUUGGAAUUGAAGAUGGAAUGACCGUUGAAGUGCAUAUGAUAUGUGAUUGUAAUUGUCAAAAUCCUGGUCAUCCGUCGUACCAAGAGAAUUCACCCAAGUGUUCCGGUAACGGUGUGUUGAAAUGCGGUGUUUGCGAAUGUUAUCCCGGGUUUUCUGGCGACGACUGUAGUUGUACCUCAGGUGCGGAUAAAACCGAUAAAUGCCAUCCGGUCAACAGUACUCAACUUUGUUCUGGUCGAGGUGUUUGUAAAUGUAAUAAGUGCGAAUGUGAAUCGUACAAUGGGAAUGAGACCUUCUACGGCGAGUUUUGCCAGUGUAAUAAUUUUGCUUGCCCUCGUACCGGUGGUAAAUUGUGUUCUGGAUUGGGAGAAUGUGUAUGCGGUAAAUGCCAGUGUUUCCCUGGUUGGAUUAAUGAAGCAUGCUCGUGCGAAAACAGCACUACGAAUUGUAUUCCUCCUAAUGGAAAUGAAGCGGAUACUUGUUCUGGUCACGGGCAGUGUAUUUGUAAUAAAUGUCAGUGCGAUCAAGCUGGAGGAUACUCGGGAAAAUAUUGUAACAAAUGUCCUACGUGUAAUACUAAAUGUAACGAAUUGAAAGAUUGUGUCCAAUGCAAAGUACAUCAGUCAGGCCCUCUUACGCAAGAGCAAUGUGACAAGUGUUCCUAUAAUAUCACUGAAAUAGAUUAUUUGAAAGUCACAGACGAAGAUUAUUUCUGUUCCGCUUACGACGAUCAGGACUGUAGAUUUACGUAUAUUUACGAAGUAAUAGGAAGCCAAGUCAACGUUCUUGCCCAAAAGAAUAAAGAAUGUCCUCCUCAAGCUCGUAUUCCUGGUGUGGUUUUCUCCGUGAUAUUGAGCAUUGUACUGAUCGGUUUGGCAUUUUUAUUAAUGUGGAAAUUCAUUACUUCGAUGCGAGAUCGAAGAGAAUUCGCGAAAUUCGAAAAAGAACGUAUGAUGGCGAAAUGGGACGCGGGUCAAAAUCCCAUUUACAAGCAAGCAACGUCUACAUUCAAAAAUCCUACCUACUGUGGGUCGUAAAAAUUUGAUCAAAAGAGUUCAUUAAUUUUAAUGGUGCUAAUUUUAAAAUUGUUUUAUAUUUGUGUUCCUUGAAGAUGAAUUUUACUAUGUUUAUAAUCAUUUGUAAUUCACGAAGGUGUAUUCUUAAUGAUUUAAUCUUUUUAUCUUCUCGUUUGUAUUAUAGUAUUAUUUAUUAUAUAUUAUUCGGUGUUCGAGCGAGUCUCAAGUCCGCUUAAUGAUUUCAAAAUUUAUUUCACUUUAAGUACUUAAUAAUUGAACGUGCAUUUAACUCAAUUUAAAAAUUUACCUUAUGGUUUGACCAGCUUCCAAUACACACCAAAUAUUUUAAUUUAUUAUUACAAAUUUUUAAUCGUUUUCAUUUUGACUAGUUUUAUUGCGUGUUGGUAUAUUUUGAAAAUUUUUUGCAUUUAUUUAUUCUUUUUUUUUCACUCUUGAUUUUUAUUUUUGUUUGUUUCGGUUUUGUAACAUUUGAUUGAAGUUAUUAUCGAUGAAAACGUGUUUGUGUGGCUUGCUGUAGCGAGGAAUUUUUGUUAUCGAAUGUCAUUUUUUAUUAUUUGAGUAUUUUAUUUAUGUAAAAUAACAAUUCACCAUUCAAGAACUCAAUAUUUAUUAAUGAAUAGGGUUUUCUUAGUUGCAUACUAGUCUUAAAUAUAAAUCGCGUAUUUUUUUUCUCAUUUUUCUUUUUUUAAUUUUUAACAUUUGUACAUUUUGUGUAGUUAUGUAACAAUUUUACUUUUAUUAUUUUUAUAUUGAUUAUCGCGCCCUUUUCAUUUAUUAUUAAGUUUAAUCGUAAAAGUUGUUAUUAAAAGUGCCUUAAUAAUUAUAACAUGUGGACAUCAGUCAUAAAAUAUAACGUUUUUACAUA